CACAAUCUACUUCGAAAGCAGCCCGCAUGUAACCCGACACCUCACAAGGCAAUGUCUCGCCUACGACUCCCUACAGCCCUAAGUGGCAAUCCGCUACUAGUUUCUAGCUUUGUUCUAUUAGUUUCGAUUUUCUUAUGGCCACGCCUGCGGCCUGCCAGAUUCUCCUUGGAACAGGAUCAGCAUACCUUUUCAGCUCGUAUUCUAUCAUAUGACCCUCUGAUGAUACAUUUAGAGAAUUUUAUCUCAAAAUCGGAGAGAGAACAUCUCCUGAGCCUUGGUCAAUCUUCUUUCCAAGCAUCAAGCGUCACUAACUGGAACGGCACAAAUGUGAUCUCGGAGGACCGGACAAGCUCGAGCGCCUAUCUUCCAGACGGCGAUCCCAUUGUGGAACGCAUUAUAUCUCGUGCUUCUGAAUUUCAGGGCUACACGGGCCGAGGGGAUCAUGAGGGGCUUCAGCUGACCCGGUACCACGCGGGUCAGAAAUUCGAGCCCCACUGGGAUCACGAUCAAAACGCGACGGAUGACAAAUCACGGCAGAGGUUGACCACAAUCUUUGCCGUCUUGGAAGCAACUUGUGAGGAUUGUGGGACUAGAUUCCCGAGCUUGAGUGUUGACUGGGAGCAAGAGGAUCGCAGAUGGUGCCAAUUCGUCGACUGUAACGACAAAGAAGGUAUCACUGUGAGGGCAAUACCCGGGAAUGCUUUGUUUUGGAAGAAUCUCAACAGCACCAAUCGCGGGGACGCGAGAACCCUUCAUGCAGGGUUACCUCCAGAGACUGGUGUGAAGACUGGUCUCAAUAUUUGGACACUUUGCUAAUGUAACCGCACAUGGCCAUGUGGCUGUCUUGCUCAGCGAACCCUAGGGUGACGGUACAGAUAAAUGCAGGCGCAUGGUUCAAAUUGAACCUCCUUUUCCUAAUCUGAAAGCACAUCUCAUUUUACAAAUCCGGAUUAGGGCUUCAUUACAAUGUAGAAGGUCCCUAUGUAUCAAAGUCGCGGAGUCAGGUUCCAUGUCAUCAAUUAUUCUUGCCCCGCACUACGAGCAGCAUCAAUCAAC